AUGAGAUAUGGCGUUUUGCCUUAUUUAGGACUGCUACUGCUCAGCGGCUGCUUCUGCGUCUCUACGCUGCGUAAGCAUUCGCUCAAUGGAGAUCCUUCAAUCCUUGCAAGGAGCGAUUUGGUGUCUAGGCUUAGAGGCACCAAGGCGAGCAACUGUUCUCUGGUGUCGUGCAUAGGUGCCAGCAACUGGACACAACGAAAGGCGUUGCAUGAUGCAUUCGGCAUAGAUCUGGUGAAAUCUGCCGCCUUGGGCGGACCAUUGAGGCCGCGGGCGGAUCUGUGGGAGUUGGAACAACCCGACCGCUGCACCCUUGUUGUCGAUGUCGACAUUCCUGUUGCCGCCAACGAGCCGAUUAGAGGUUUCGAUAGACAGCCGCUGCUGCGUUUGUGUCAGCGAUCGGGUGCCGUCUUGGUACACCUGAACCGUUCGGACAUCCGGGGUGGCAGUAAGUCAUUCCGCCUCUCCGAAGCUGCCAGGACGUUGCUGAAGGACCUGGCGAAAAUCGUAGAUAGCAAGAAAGGUCCGACUGUAUACGUCUUUAUACCAGACCUGGACACAAUAAAACCAGGUUCAUCUGCAGAGGAUGUUUCGGUGUACGAGCAGUUCAAACGUCAUCUGUCAGAUAUCGUCCAAAGGAGCCCUAAGUUUAUUUUCAAGUCGAACGGUGAUGAGGAAAGCGUAUACAGGUCUAUUAGUCAGUCGGAGACACCUUGCACCCCCGAUGAUAUCGCAAAAGCUAUUUCGAUGGUUCAGGGAACCAACGAUACAGCUACAACCAUGGCGCAGAUACACGAGGCUUGCUUCGCAUCGCAUCGUACUUAUGUAAAGGACAGGCUAGGAGAACUGUACAAGGGGUCACCAAAAUCAAAUUUGACCUCCAUCUUGCAGUCGAGUAUGAUUGACGCCAUUUUGUCGUUUUUCCUCCGUACUCGCAACAUGAAUUCCGACGACAUUGCGUCACAUUACGUGGAUCAGGAAUACAAGCGCCUCUCUCUUUUCGCGAAUGACGCAUACCUGAGAAUUGUUCUCAUGGCCGCCGCAUCAGCAAAGGAGCAGUUGCGGAGCGAACUUGGCAAAGAUCCCAAGCAGGACGCAGACGCUCUUGUUAACAGAAUUAUCGCAGACCACGACAGGAAGAUUGCAGACGCAAUGGCAUCCCUGUCGAAUAAGAUGCCCCUACCGGAGUGGGUGGAAGAAACCAUAGGCGAUGGACGAGACCAGUUACGGGACAAACUCGAAGCCAUAGUGUCGGUGCACACUGGUUUGCCGAAACCGACCAUGUAUGCGAAACAUGAGAAGGCUAUAGAAAGAAACUACUCCAAGAGCAAAAAGAAGCGCGGCGUAAACUUCACGCUUGCACUCUCGUGUAUGCUGCGUGAACACGGUUACGGCAAUAGACAGGGGUACUUCAACUACCAAUGGGGCCCAUUGCUCUUCACUCUGGGGUACGCAAACGACCGUGAUAUCGCCGAGGCAAAACCGGGCACGGGAAUUUUAACCCCCGCUUUCAGGCUGCAGCCACGUUUGCACGUAAACAUUAAGCUGUAA